AUGAUGUCGGAUGAAGACAUGGAAGGCGGCUUUGAAGAUCUGGAAGAAGGAGAAGAAACAGGGGGUUUCAACAAUGGGCGAUAUGAGGACAGUGACGGAGAUGAGGAUGACUUCGAGGACCUGGAAGCAGAAGCCCAUGAGAGCAGCAAGACUACUAAGCGGAAGGGUGCAAAGAGCAAAGAGGCAUUGUACGCACCCCCGACCAACGAAGAGAUGCAAGGCUUGCGCGAGACAGGAGAGCUCUUCAAGAGCAAUGUGAUCAAGCUGCAGAUCGAAGAGAUGCUCGGAACAGUGCGGCCCAGCUAUCACAAGGCCGGCCCCCUUGAGCUUGUCCUGCGUCGCCUACAUUCUCUCUUUCAGUCGUUGCAGCCUAUCGCUCCACAGAGCGUAGCGGAAUGCUCAAAGGCCAUCCGUUCCGCAUAUCCCGCUUCCACGAAAGUCGUCAUUCCCUUUGCGGAGCCUCAGCCUCAGGCAGAUGUGAACUACAAAUUAGAAUUCGAACCCCCUUCCGGUCUGCAAUUGGUAGGCGGCUGGCCCGUCAAGACUUCUUCCCUGCGGCCGCAAGGACUAGACGUGGACGUAGCUGUGGUCAUGCCAUCUUCCAUCUUCCAGGAGAAGGAUCAUCUGAACUUCCGGUACCACCACAAAAGGGCCUUCUACCUUGCAGUACUAGCCGCCGCCAUCUCUUCGUCUGCCAAAGAUCUGGGCAUCGAGGAGCCGAGGUUUGAGACAGAGGGAUCGGACUCGAAGCGGUCCAUCAUAGUCAUCAAACCACUGCGGAACAAAGCAGAGACUGACUUCUCAAAGCUCAAGGCGGAGAUCAGGAUCCACCUCGCCCAUGACCCUUCGCUUUUCCCCUCCGGCCGACUGUCCCCUUCGCGGAACAACAUCAGAGCGGCUCAGAGCAAGGACGCAGUGGGAGGCGAGGGGUCUCAGGAACACGUAGCUACACCGCAUUACAACGCCUCCAUUCUCAGUGAUUCUCUAAUGGCUGCACACCUUGUGUAUUUGCACGCUACAGCAAAGGCAUGCGCAGGCUUCGCUGAUGCGUGCAGGUUGCUCAAAGUUUGGGCCUUUCAAAGAGGCUUUGGUUCGGGUGCUUUCUCCUCCAAAGGCAAGGCGUCUCAGGCAUCGAUCAGACGAAUGGUGCUCGGAACGGAGUCUACUGGCUUCCUCCUCACUAUGAUACUUGCUCACCUUCUACAUGGCGAAGAGCGGCAGCACGGCCGAGCUGCUCACACCGCCGCCCCUCGUAAGCUGGUCAAUAGCUUGAGCAGCUAUCAGCUCUUCCGAGGAGUCGUAGACUGGCUUGCUCAUCACAACCUUGCCGAGCAACCUGUCUUCAUGAAGGCAGCAGACCCAGCUCUUGGUAUCUUCUCGCGCUCGGAUAAGAUCCCUCGUCAAGACUUUGCGCAGCACUUUCAACGGGUGUUUGUAGACCCGACGGGAAGCAUCAAUCUCCUGACACAAUGGCUUCCAGGCUCGGUAGAUCUUCUACAGCACGAAGCCCGUCUUACAUUUGCUAUGUUGGAGGAUGCAGAGACCGACCAUUUCGACAGCCUUUUCCUCACACAGCGAGCGUCGCCCUUGUUCGUCUUCGACGACUGCGCUCGGAUUCCUCUGCCCUCAACUGGCCAGUCAGCGACAGAACGUUUCAGCGCACUUGACACUGGAAGCGCUCGCAAUUCCAUCAGCCAAGCCAUCGAAAAAUCAGUCAGGCAAGCCAUGGCGCAACGAGCGCGCUUCUGCACCUUCCUUACAACGCACUGCAGCAGUGAGGAUCGGUCUUGGUCUGCGGGACAGGCUCGUCCACAGGGGCGUGCAGAAAGCGUGGAAUUGGGAAUAGUCUACGAAGGCGCGCUAGCGCUUCGCUUGGUGGAGCAUGGGCCGACGCCAGAGGAGAAGGAGAAGGCGGCUGAUUUCCAGGCAUUUUGGGGCGAUAUUGCUGAAUUGCGACGUUUCAAAGAUGGCAGGAUUCUCUUCAGUAUCGUGUGGGAGACAAAGGGACAACACGAGCGCUGGUCCAUUCCGCGCAGGAUCCUGCGCCAUGUCCUGGAGAGGCACCACUCCAUCAGAACGAACGGCGUUCACUUUGAUGGCGAGGCUCUCACCGGCAUGUGCGAGAUGCCUGCUUCUCUGGUCGACAAGGUGUUCCUGACUUCUCCUGAAGAGAAAGGCUUCCAGCUCGUGCAGAGUGCAUUCGACAGCCUGACCCGUCAGCUGCGCGCAACGGAAGAUCUGCCACUGUCUUUGAUCAGCAUCUCGGCUGCAAGCUCUGGGCUACGCGGGACUUCCGCCUUUGUUCCUGGGCCAACGAAUCUUGGGGCUCUUGGCUCCAGAAUUCCAGAUUGUGCAUCGCACAUCUCGGCACAAGACAUCGUUUUGACUUUCGAAUCUUCAGGUCGCUGGCCUGAUGAUCUGAAGGCGAUUCAGGCCAUGAAGCUGGCAUUCAUGGAGCGACUUGCCACUCUCCUACCGACAAAGAUCCCAGAUUUGCAAGCUCACGUCGCCCUCGAUGACGAUGCGGAGAACAGCUCGAUACAGGACUGUAGCGCCCUGGAGCUGAUCUUGCCUUCCGGCUUCGCUUUCCGAGCUCGCAUCCACCACGAGCGUGAGAGAGUACUGCUUGAGCGGAUAGUGUCGGAUCAGCGCUUCGAGACGCCGGCCCGAAGAGAGGAAGCUGCUCGUUGCCUUGCCAGGUGGGAGAGGCGAUUUGUGACAGGACCUUCGCACCAUGCUGCCUUAGCGACGCUCCAACAUCGCUUUGUAGCUUUGAGCGACACGACUCGGCUCGUCAAGCGAUGGUUGACUUGCCAGAUGCUCGACAGUCAACACGUACCAGAGGAGAUUGUUGAGCUCCUAUGCACGAGCGUGUUCAUCUGUCAGGGCGCAGCAGUCCCCUCUUCUGGCGCUUCUGGCUUUUUGCAAGUCGUCCAGAAGCUCGCCACUUGGAAAUGGCGGGACGAGCCUCUGCUUCUCCCUUUGCGAGCGGCUGUCCUCGCUUCGGAUGAGACUCCUCUUACAAGCGGUCUCCGUUUCCAGACGGAGAAGCGAACCGAGGCGAUGGAUGCCUUCAAGAAGACGCGCAGCACAGAUCCGAGUAUCUCUAACCGAGGCUGGUUCAUCGCCACCGAGGAAGAUGUCGAGGCUCGCCAUUGGGGUGAGCUUGGUCCAUCAGGCCCAAUCGCUCACUCGAUCCAGCAGCUAGCCAAGGGCGUCUGUGCCCUUCUAAGCAGCAUCGAAGUAAGCGCUAGCGCACAGGGAGGCAUCACCCCCGCCAUCGCCCGCGCGCUCUUCACACCCUCGACAAAAGCCUUCGAUUUUGCCAUUCACCUGCGUCCCCAGGUCCUUCCCCGCUACGGGCAAGGUCUCCAGUCGGAUGAGACCUUCUGGACAGCAGGCGCCUCUACCUUCCGCAAUCAGCCCCUCAAGGCAGGCGGGCAGCGCACCGUCUACGGUUCCACACCACGCGUCGACUUCGACCCGGCUGCGAAGCUCCUCGCACUGCUCCGCUCCCUGUACGGCGAUUCGCUACGCCUCUUCUUUGAUCCACACGGUGGAGCGAUGAUUGGCGGGAUGUGGAAUCCGGCCUUGGUGGGUGAAGAGCACGGCAGGAAGUUCAAGGUCGGUCUGGGGUACAAUAGCGUGCCUGUGCAUGGGGAAGAGGGGGGUAAGCUGAGAGAUGUCUCGCUGAAUACGAAGGCGAUUCUUGCUGAGAUGGAGAGGUUGGGAGAAGGGCUCAUUGAAAGGAUCGAGCUGAUCAAGUAA